AUGCCCAGGAAGGACUCUGGAUACAAUCCGGUCACAGACUCUUACAAUGACAUGACAGCUGAGAGGCUGAAGAGAGUAACCCUACCUGACAAGCUCAAGUGCAACCGCUGUAACCGCAACAAGGCACCGGGAAACUUCUCAAACAAGCAGCUUGCGCCUCUGCGAUACAGCAUCGCAAAGUCUGGCCGCAGUGGCAGUACUGGUGGCUAUUCGUUGACUUGUCGCAUGUGCACUGGUGCUCAGGUCACCGAGUUACACUGCUAUAUGUGUGGGAAAGACAAAGGGCUGGAAUCAUUCGCGAAGCAACAGCGCCGCAAGCCUGAUCAUGCGAAAUGCUGGGAUUGCAUGAACGAACAGCUCGCUCUGGAACCGGAAGGUGAUGAUCCCGUCGACGAUGGGAUCGAUGACGACGACGAUUAUGGAGAGGACGGCUUCUACGGCUCUAAUGCUUAUCCUGUAAUGAGCAACUCCGCGAUGUCAGAUGCCGGUACUGGCCUUGGGAACCUCUCCAUCGAUGACAAGACAUCAGAGAGUGGCUCAACUACCAGCUACGGCUCUAGCCAAGUCUCGACAAAUGCGUCUUUGCUCGACUUCUCCGGCAAUCCAGGCUCUCCUCUUGGUGGCGGCGUCAGCCUACCUGGCUCUGUUGCUGAUGAAGAAGAUGAGCGUUACCCCGCUCAAUGGGAAGGCGUUCAAGUUGGUCGUCGGCGCGUUCCGGGCAGCAGCAACCUUCCCACGAGCUCUCAGGAUAGUACCGCAGGAGCCAGCGGUUCGCAACGUACCACGUCGGGCAACUCCUUCAUGGGUACCGCCUUCGACCCCACGAAGUAUGGCCAAAGCCGUCGCAGAGUCCCGUCUGGCACUGCCAGUGUCGUAUCGUCUAAGUCCUUCGCGUCAAACACUACUGCCACCAACAAUGACAACAGGAAGUGGGCAAAGAUCCCCGCUCACAAGCCGAAGGAUGAAUAUCCUAAACCGACCGAAGAUGACGAGGAUGAGGAAGAUGAGGAUUGGAAAACUCAGACCCAAGGGUCCGACGACGAGGAAGAUGAUUCGGAUGACGACGAUGAUGACGACGAUGGCCACUAUGCUCACUGA